AAUUUCCUCUCUAACUUUCCUAAAUUAUUUCGCCUCAGUUUUUAUUUUCUAAUAUUUGAAAUAAAUAUUCGUAUAAUAAAGAUAUGUCAGUCGUAUGGAAUGAAACUCGUAAUAGAAAUUUGUGAAAUUAGACGAACGCGUACGUCGUGUCCGUUGACAGUUCGGCAUCUAGUUCCACAUCAGCUGAUCGGAGAGUAUUUUGCUUACAUAUGUACGCUAUACACAUAAAGCUAACGUACGAAUAAAAUAAUUCAAUGGAUCCCGACGGUUACGCGGUGGAAUUAAUACGUCAAGAUAUCGUUAAAUAUCAGCUUCAAGUAAAUGCUUUAAUACAGGAUAUACAGCAAUGCAGCGGACCGUUGGAGAUACUGGAUGAGCUCAAUGCGGAGGGUAGAGCUAAGAUAGCCGUCUUGAAAAUCUCCAUAGAACAUUUGGCGUCCGUUGCUGAAACUGAGGUGGAUGAGAAGAAGAAAGCCGAGCUUCUAUCUACGGUAGAUAAUUAUAAAGAGCAGCUGAAUACUUCCCUGGCAGCCUUCCGCAAGGCCAACGUUGUCAGCGCAUGUGUUAUCGACAAACUGGCAAGAGAAAACCUAUUCUCGAUGCCAGAGGACCGGCAAAACGCUCUCCGUAGACGACAUGACAAACAGAGUCUGUCAAACGCGUCUAGCCAAGUAACGGAUAAAUUAUUGAGCAUCUCUAGGCACCUGGCUGAAACAGCUCAAAGAAGCGCCGACACACUGGAUACACUGUUGACAUCUUCGGAUAAGGUUGGCAACACCAAGGAUGAAUUAGAGCAUCAGCAACAAGCAAUAAUGCAAUCGGGGAAGCUAUUAGGAAAAUAUGGUAGACGAGAAGUUACUGACAAAGCAUUGUUUGUAUUGGCGUUUGCCUUUUUCCUCGCUUGUGUAUUUUACAUUCUACAAAAGAGAUUGUUUUGAGCAUGUAUCGAGUGUUUAACAUGAUAUCAAAUUGUUCAGACAUUCUUGUAUCAUAUAUAGGGAAGGUGGAAGGAGGAUAAUGUGAUAUAUGUACCAUUUUCAAGAAUGAGAGAGAGGUGGACAUGGGAUGAACUUUUAUAAAUGUUUUAAUAAC